AUGGCCCGGACAGGCUUCAUCCACCACUUUGGCACCUUCUUGCUGUUUUCAGCCACCGUCUUGCUGAUCAUCACCUGCAUCUCGGCCCCAGUAGUGAGAUCUAUCGCUCUCCUCAAGGUCGAGCUCCCUGGCGGCGGGACCAACAAUGGCGGGUUCAACUUCCUGCCCGAUCUUGCUGAUGGGGAGAGUGGACGGAACGGAAACGAUCCCUCGGUUACGUUUGGUGUUUUUGGGUAUUGUUUGAAUGAUGUCCUUGGAGGCCAAUGCCCCCGCCACCUCGGGUACUCCCCCCUCGGCAUCAUCCAGGGCCUCGUCGGCCCCAACCGUGGCCAGUCGGGCAACCCCAACUUCUCCCCCGAGCAGACCUUUGGCGAGUUCUACUCUGACAACUCGGUGCGCACCUCGCGCGCGCUCACAAAGGCCAUGGUCCUCCACCCCAUCGCCGCGGCCUUCAACUUUAUCGCUUUUAUCCUUGCGUUGGGCGCGGGUAUGGUUGGAUCGCUGCUGGCGUCUCUUGUUGCUGUCUUGGCCUUUAUCAUCACGGCUGUGACCUGCAUCAUUGACUUUGUCCUGUUUGGCAUUGUGAGGAGCAAUCUGAGCAAUGGGUGGGAUAGUGACGAUGAGGAUAGCUUGGGGUUGCAGGUGGAGAGGGUUUACUAUGAUAAUGCUGCCUGGAUGACGCUCGCGGCUGCGGUGUUGAGCUUGGUCGGUGCUGUUGUUGUUUUCUUCAGCUGCUGCAGUGGGAGGAUUCAUAAGAGGAGGGAGAGGAAGAGGGCUGUGAAGGGGGAGGUGCCGGCUACUGAUUAUGGGACUCCUGUUGCGCCCAGGAGGAGGCGGAGAUGGUUCUAA